GGCAGCGACUAGCCACGCCUUUAGGAGCCUGUCAGGCGGAGACACCAGGCGGCCCGGGGACAUGAGCCACCGAGCGGGUGCUGAUAAACGGGUGAGACUGCAAUGACCAGUCUGGACGGCAACAAUGGAGAAAAAUCACGACAGUCCUCUGCCAAAGCCACUGCUCCAAAAGUGGAGGUCCAGCGCUCCAUUUCUCGAGAGACCAUCACCAUUCGCUUCUCGGCUAUUGGGAAGGAAGAGGAAGAAGAAGAAGAAACACUCAGUGAAGACCUCGAUGACCAGAACAUUAUCACAGCAGUGGAAGCCAAAGAGGACCUGUACUUUGACACCCCUAUAGACUUGACAGCCGGUCCUGCUACCUCUUCUAGCAUGGCCGUAACAGAGACAUCAAUGCCAACAUCAUCGUCUGCCACUACGCCAAUAGGAUACACUGUUAAUGCUGCUGAGGCUUCUUCAUCCACAGUGUCCAGUGAUUUGCCACCAUCUUUGUCAACAUCAACUUCCCAACAGAGUUUAGAUGCUGUACCUGCCAACACUUCAUCCAGCCUGGAACAGAAGCCUGUAAAAGUCUCUUCUCCAUCCAAGGCUGUCACGUUGUCAUCAUCUCCAUCCAUCUCUGGCUCAAAGCCAUUUUUUAGUUUAGUUAAAUCCCUCUCUACUGAGCUGGAGCCAAAGGAGUCCACAAUGUCUAUACGGCACAGGCAUUUAAUGAAAACACUAGUCAAAUCAUUGUCUACAGACACUUCGAAGCAGGAUCCAGAUUCUGCCUCACACAGGCCACCAGACUCCAAGAUAAAUUUACAUUUGUUCAAACAAUUUACCCAGCCACGCGUUACUGGAGGUGAUUCUAAAACUGCCCCUUCUUCUCCGCUUACCUCCCCUUCUGAUGGCCGUUCCUUCUUUAAGGUCCCAGAAAUGGAGGCUAGAAUUGAAGACACCAAAAGACGCUUCUCGGAGGUCAUCUAUGAACCUUUCCAGCUUCUCAGUAAAAUGAUGGGAGAGGAGUCUUCAAGCUACAGGCCUAAAGCCUUAUCCUCAAGUGCUUCUGAGCUCUCCAACCUUUCCAGUCUUAAUGGCCACAUGGAAAACAACAACAACUACAGUAUCAAGGAGGAGGAAGGAGACACGGAGGCUGAUAAUUCCACCUGUGAAUCCAGUCAGCUGAAAGAUGAGAAGAUCAGAAAUAGAGCGGAGGACAGCAAGGAGCUUGGGGCAACACUGAUCAAUAAGGAUACUCCAUUCAAAUCCACAACGUUAGCACUGGAGAAGUGUUCUCUGUCUGUGCUGGCCAGUAAGGAGGAUGAGGAGUUCACUGAGCUCUACUCGGAAGACUUUGACUUUGAGGAAAACGAGGAGUAUCAAGAUGUGGAGGACUCUGAAGAGCAGGUCAGAAUUGGCUCUCUUAGUGAGGAGGAGGAGCUGGAUGUACAUGUGGAACGCUGUGACAUUCCGGUGCAGGUGCUUUAUUUCCUGGUUGCAUUAGUUUAUGGAUAUUUUAUACUACCCCUCCCCAGCUAUGUCAGUGGACUCUGUCUGGGAGUUGCCUUUGGAUUCAUGGCUGCUAUUGGUAUGAUUUGGCUUUUUGCAUCUCCACGCUCUUGUCGUUUAAACCAGAGUCUCUAUCUCCGCCAGUCAGCUGUAGAUCCACUGAACAUCAGUGAACCAGAAAUACUGAAGGGAUGGAUGAAUGAGAUCCAAAAUUAUGACCCAGAGACCUAUCACGCCACCCUGACAUAUUCCGUGUUCGUGCGUUUGGAAGGCUCCACAUUGCGUCUCUCCAAACCCAGCAAGAACAUCUCGCGGAGAGCCAGCUACAACGAGUCCAAACCUGAGGAGGUCUUUGUAAGCCAGAAGAUCUACGACUUGGUAGACUGCAAGGUGAGUCUGGUCCCUAGGAGCCUGGCACGUAAGCGGCUGUGGAACAAGAAGUACCCCAUCUGUCUGGAACUUGCCCACCAGGAAGACUUUAUGUCCAAAGCUCAGGUAGAUAAGGACAGCAUUGAGGAGAAAGGAGACAGCUCAUCACAAGAUGGCGGCAAAGCGCUCGGCAACAGGGAACAAGUAUUGUAUUUGUUCGGAAGGACCGGCCGAGAGAAGGAACAAUGGUUUCAAAGCUUUCUUGGCGCCUCCAAACUGAAAGCUGAAUCCAAAAAGUCUUGUGGAACAUCAGCAAUAAAAGCAGGUCUCCUGCUGACGCACAGCCGGAGUAGUAGUAAGGGAAGUAUGGAUGAAGUCAUGUCCCAGCCACGCAGUAAGGAAUGUCCAGGGAGCAUUAAGCAGAAAAUGCUGCUGGAUUACAAUGUUUACAUGGCCCAGUCUAUUCCACAAGAUGAGAGGAGCCCUGAUGAAAGCCCUGUACAAAGCACUAACAGCAGUCCCACUGCUGCCAAGAAGGUGAGUGGCGCAGCCAUGGUGGCUGAAGAUCCACAGGCCUGGGUGAAUGCUCUGCUUGGACGUAUGUUCUGGGACUUCCUGGGAGAAAAGUACUGGUCAGACCUGGUAUCUAAGAAGAUUCAGAUGAAGCUGAGUAAGAUAAAGCUGCCGUACUUUAUGAAUGAGCUGACGCUGACGGAACUAGAUAUGGGGGUGUCUGUGCCGAAAAUCCUCCAGGCCUACAAACCCACCAUUGACCACAGAGGGCUCUGGACAGAUCUGGAGAUCUCCUAUAAUGGAUCAUUUCUCAUGACCUUGGAGACGAAGAUGAAUCUGACCAAACUGGGGAAAGAGCCUUUUGGGGAGGCCCUGAAAGUGACUGAUAUCGGAAAAGAGGGGGCCAGGCCACGGGCGUACUACCUGGCAGACAGUGAUGAGGAGUCAUCCAGUGCUGGUUCUUCAGAUGAGGAAGAUGCUCCAGAAUUAUCAGGGGACAAGCAGCAGCCUGGAGCAGAGGGGUACGUGGGACCCCAUCGCACCAGUAAGAUCAUGAGGUUUGUCGAUAAGAUCACCAAGUCAAAAUAUUUCCAGAAAGCCACUGAGACGGAGUUCAUCAAGAAGAAGAUGGAGGAGGUGUCCAAUACUCCGCUGCUGCUUACUGUGGAGGUCCAGGAGUGCCGAGGGACACUCGCCAUUAACAUUCCACCGCCACCUACUGACCGCAUAUGGUAUGGGUUCCGGAAGCCACCACACUUGGAGUUGAAAGCUCGGCCCAAACUAGGGGAGAGAUUGGUGACAUUGGGCCAUGUGACUGAGUGGAUUGAGAAGAAGCUGGAGCAGGAAUUCCAGAAAAUAUUUGUCAUGCCAAACAUGGACGAUGUGUACGUGACAGUAAUGCACUCUGCUACGGACUCGCGCUCCAGCACAGAUUUGGACGCAGUGGUCACGCCAGUGGACGCCCCUUGAUAUGUGAAGUGCCGGCUGUUUACAGUAUUAGACUUUCUAUUCUGUUGUAAAGCAGGUUGUGUACAUCACUGUGCCACAGCUCGGGGAUGGUACCAGUACUGGAUGACUGCAGAGUGUUGGAGGUCCUCCUAUUCCAAUCCUCGGUCAGUUCC